GCUCGCUUACUAACCCCGAGACAAUACCGGACACGAAUUCUUUUAGCAUUCCUUUCUCUUAUAAGUUGACCAAAAUGCUGAACUGCCAUCAUCAACUUGAAGUCCGUGAUUUGCAAUGCCUUCAGACGUUAUCUUUCUCACCGGUGCAACUGGAUUCCUUGGAUCUCACAUCCUCAACCAGCUACUCGCUAAGGGACACCAUGUUAAAGCUGCGAUUCGAGAGAAGAAGGCCGCUCAGUUCAAACAACUCUAUCAAAGCCAUCAGAGUCAACUCGACGUCGUGAUCAUCGACGAUAUCUCUACAGCCCAGUUCCCCGAGGCAUUGAAGGGCGUGAACGCUAUCAUCCAUACAGCUGCUCCUUUGGCCUACUAUGUGACUGAUGCUGAGGGGCAAUUGAAGGGUGCAGUAGAAGGCGUGCUCAACGUUCUCCGUCAAGCAGAAAAAGCUGGCGUGCACAAAGUCGUCGUCACCAGUACUGUUCUUACUGCUUUCACGCCUCAAUACACGUUCACGGCUGAUGAUUGGUUCGCCAUCACCAAAGAAGAAGCAUUGAAAACCGAAGGUGUCACCGCAUACAUCGCUGCCAAGACGCUCGCCGAAAAAGAAGUCUGGAGUUUCGCCGAUGCUCAUCCACAGAUGGAUAUAACCACCAUAAACCCGCCCUACCUCUACGGUGCAGCUACGAAAGAAUUCGCAAGCUACCUAGCGGCCCCCAGCCUCACCCUCAUCUCGACCCUCAUCAACAUCUACAAACUCCUUAACCCCAAGGGCGCUUACCCAGACCAACCUCUCUACCUGGAUGUUCGGGACGCGGCCAAAGCUCACAUCGGCGCACUCUCUUCUAAGGUUGCUGGUCGGAAAAGGAUCAUCAUCAGCUCACCUCACGAUACCGUCUUUGCCGACGUCAUCAAGGCUGUAAAUGAAAAACGACCAGAGCUGAAGGAUAGGCUAACGAAGACGACUCCUCCAGAGUUUCCGUUCAAGAAGCUGAACUAUGACUCCAAGAAGGUAGAAGAAGUGUGUGGGUUGAAGCCAGAGGAUUUCGUUCCUGUAAACGAUACGUUCAUCGAUAGCAUUGACUCUUUGCUCGGGCUUGAGAAGCAGUGGAAGGCAGCUGGUCAUGAAAUUCAAGCUCCCCAGUAAAUGAAAUUGUGUACACCGAUUGUACAACUGUAACUAUUACGAAAAAACAAAUCUUGCUUCGGUUACUCUUUUCGACUUUCCCUUUGAGGGUGUCCACAUUCUCGAAAUACGAACUUGGCGAAGAUGUAGAUCAAGUACAUGUAAUGUUAUUCAUUCAAAACCUGCAAGUCAACAAGCA